CCAAGACCAGCUCCCCUCCAGAGGUGGCGACAAGCCUGGACGAUUGACGGAGGAGCUCCAGACUGCAACGGGAGACGGCGAAUCGGCGACGGCAACUCUAACGGACGGAUGGACGACGGCGGAAAUUUCUGGUGAUGACGGCUCCAGCUGCGGACGGUUCCGGCGAGAACUCCUGCUUCCCAGCGACUAACGGAAAUGGGUGAGCUCCCUGCUUCUGCAACCACCCUUCUGCGUCCAGCUGUGCGCCCAGUUCCAGCAGGCAGAAACCUCCAGCGUCCAGGGAAUCGACUGCAACGACUUCCCAGACCUUGAAUCAGCGGCGAACGGCGGGACGGCAGCGGUGAACGGCGGCAGACGGCGGCAGACGGCGAACCUCGCUCUGAUACCACUGUUAGGAUCGUUUCCGUUUUUCCGGCUCAGGUCUCCAACCAAUCUUAUACCAAUACACCACACUAGGGAUGACCUCUCCACUUCGCAAGCUUUUUCUCUUAUCACUAAGGAACCUCACUCUCACACACAAAGGGAAAAGAGUAGAAGAAGAUUUCUGUUCUCUGUAUCUCUCACGCAGGCUACUCUCAGAGGGAGAAGCAGCGGUUACUAAGGUUACUAAUAAUACACUGCCAGGCCAGAAGGAAGUCACAGGUGAGUCAAACAACAACACUCACGGGCCACUCAGACAAAAGGUGAAGUGGACAACAACAAAAGGUGAUAGUGUAGUCAGUGGGCUUGGAAGCAUAGAGUACCACUUGAGUGAAGGUUCCGAAACUCCUAAUUUUGAUCGUAGUUUUGAGGAAAAGCUAAAUAGACGUUUGUCCAUCAACCGUUUUUGUGAAGGCUCCCACCCAAACCACAUUCCCUCGACUAAAAGUUUUGCUGGCAAUAUUAGAAUUGACUCUCAGAGGAUUCUAGAAAUUCUGCAUCAAGACGGUCCUCCCCAGUUUGACAAGAAAACAGCUUUAGAUGAUUUACAAGUUAGGGUUUCUGGCCUUCUAGUGAGGGAAGUUCUCUUAGGGUUACUAAGAGUCACAUAUUUUUAUGAAAAUAAGAAACAUUCAUCUAAAAUUGGGUACAUGUUCUUUGAAUGGUCCGGUCAGCAGGAAAACUAUACCCACACGGCAUGUUCAUACCAUUUAAUGAUGCAGAUUUUUUCUGAGGUGGGGGAAUUCAAGGCAAUGUGGGAACUAUUAGACGAGAUGAUCGAGAAAGGGUACCCAACAACUGCCCGGACUUUCAACAUAUUGAUUUGUAGCUGUGGUAAUGCUGGAUUAGCUAGGAAAGUAGUGCAAAGGUUUAUUCGAACAAAGAGGUUUAACUAUAGACCAUUCAAGCAUUCUUUUAAUGCAAUCCUGCACAGUCUACUAUCCAUAAAGCAUUACAAGCUUAUCGAAUGGGUGUAUCAGCAGAUGUUGCUCGAAGGCCAUUCCCCAGAUAUUCUAAGUUAUAACAUACUUCUCUGUGCAAAAUACAGACUAAGAAGACUUUGUCAGUUUAACAGAUUGCUUGAUGAAAUGGAGUCAAAGGGGGUUUCCCCUAAUUCCCACACAUUCAUUCUCCUUCUUCAUGUUCUUGGCAGAGGGGACAAACCGCUAGAAGCUCUUAAUCUUUUGAACCAUAUGAAAGAAGUAGGGUGUAAUCCUAGCAUUCUCCACUUCACUACUCUGAUUGAUGGGCUUAGCCGGGCCGGUAACUUAGAUGCAAGUAAAAACUUUUUUGAAGAGAUGUUGACCCAAAGUGGUUGUUCCCCUGAUGUUGUUUGUUACACUGUAAUGAUAACAGCAUAUGUUGUGGCCGAGGAAUUUUGUAAAGCUGAGGAGCUGUUUGGUGAGAUGGUAAGCAAGGGACAGCUACCAAAUGUGUUUACCUACAAUUCCAUGAUCCGCGGGCUUUGUAUGUCUGGGAAAUUUGUGGAGGCUUGUGAUAUGCUAAAAGAAAUGGAGUUGAGGGGUUGUAAUCCGAAUUUUCUGGUUUAUAGGUCUUUGGUAAGUCAUUUGAAGAAUGCUGGAAAACUUAAGAAAGCUCAUCAAGUGAUAAGACAGAUGGUGGAGAAGGGGCAAUAUGCCCAUCUUGUAUCAAAGAUUAGAUGUAGAAGACGGUGAUGGACAAUUCUCUGUUUAUUGGUUUGUAACAUUUUAUGCUCAGCAAUUACAACUCCUUCGAAGGAGUUUUAUACUGCAAACCACACUUUGAUCAGCUUUUCAAAAUGACUGGUAGCCUGGAUAAGAGUUUUGAAGGGGCUCCAAAAACAGUGAGGGAAAGAGCUGCUGAUCAGGGACACUCAAGCACUAAAGUUUGAAGCAUGUUUGUCGGAACUCAAGAUUAAUGUGUGGCUUGCAAUAAAACAGUUUACCCCAUUGAAAAGGUAACCGCGAUCUGCUUUCUCACACAUGCAACCAAACUACAUGGCUCUCUUUAUGGUCUUCUUUGUCUACAUCUGACCUGCUCCCAUCCCCAAUCUCCAAAAACUCAAAAUUAAGCUAGGGUUUGCGGAGAAGUACGUCUUUUGCCGAACCUGCCAGACGUUCGUGAGAAUCAAGCUUUUCCGGUGCCCAGCGUCCACGGGAUUCAAGCUUCUACGGCACAUAAUCAUUUCCAGUUUUGGUUCAUUUAGUCAAAGCUUCCGAAGUGCAUCCAUGUGCAUCCAUGGCUUCUAUAUUAAUCCAGGUAUAUCCUCCCAUUCAUUUGAGGUAAACUUCAUUCACUCCCAGCUUCUCUAAACAAUUCACAAGGACAAAGAUGAAGGAACAAACAUGUGUAUAUUAAAGAUAAGUUAUAAAGUUGCAAGAAUCACGGAUGCUGCUGCUCCUGAGUUACUAAGUGACAUCAAGCUGUCUUUCAUUAACCUGUUCCAGUACUCCGCAGAUCAAAUGUCCAACAUUGGUAGUCAACCCUGCGUAAUGUGCCUCCUCUAUCUCCAACAUUUUUGCUCUUUUCACAUCAGCCUCAUCGUUGGGCUGAACUGAUGCUGCAGCCAUGGUGGCUGUGUGACCAGUCCAUCAAAUUAUGUAGCACAUGAGCAUAAGCUCUAUUGCAGGCAUCACCACACUCAGCUUUUCAGGAAAAAACUUCAGCCAGUUGGAUACGAGCGAUAAAUCUAAGGUUGUCAAUGGGAAUAGCAAUGGCAUCGCCGGAUCGGUUUAAUAUUAAAUCAACUUUAGCGCGGUCAAAUAUAUAAUCUGGUAUCCUGAUGUUGAACGAACUUCGGGAUAACUUUUCAUGGAGGAGUCUAUUGCAGUGGUGUAAACACGAUAGGGAGCAGCAUUCAACAAUGCUUUAUGAAGUAGUUUACACACUUAGAGUUUCAUUCAGUUGCUGAAUCAUGCAGUCAUUGUCAUGACAAUGGGUUUAAAGUAUUUUCAUCAAGUCAUUCCAUAAGGCCAUUGUUGUUGUUGCCCCUCUUAUGACUGCUAGAAAACCUUGCGAUACUGUGAUGUGUUUACAGUGAACAUCAAUUCGUGUGUGGUUGAUAGUUUAUGCAAUUUCUAUUAGUGUGA